UACUACAUGUACAUCGAAACCUCUUCUCCAAGAAGCAAAGGCCACAAAGCUUGGCUUAAAAGCAAACAAUUCCRACCAACUAAUGGCAGAUGUCUUCAAUUCUGGUUCCAUAUGUACGGCAAUUCAAUCGGGAAACUAAACGUCCUACUAUUACAGAACAACAGUCGGUCAUCGCCUAUCUGGUCAAUGGGCAGCAAUCUUGGUAAUAGGUGGCGUGUAGCACAAGUUACGCUCAAGAGUUUUGUGGCCUUUAAUAUCAUUUUCGAAGGAGUUACCGGAACAAGUUACACUGGAGAUAUCGCUAUUGACGAUGUCGAAGUUCUUGACGGAGCCUGUCAAAUCCCCGGCGACUGUAACUUUGAAUCAGGAACUUGCACUUGGAUGAACACUCCUGCAAGCGCCAAGGAAGAUGAAUUCGACUGGACCCGAGGAAGUGGUGGCACGCCAAGUCGAUUCACGGGACCCAAAACUGACCAUACAACCAAUACUGCGGCAGGUUCUUAUAUGUUCAUCGAGACUUCUUAUCCUCGAAAACGCGGUGACCGUGCCCACCUUGAAAGUACCAUAUUCCAGGCCACCUCCGGGCAAGGUUCCUGCAUGAACUUCUUUUACCAUAUGUCUGGAUCUGGAAUUGGUACGCUCAAUGUAUACAUGAAGAUCAUCGGCCAGUCCAUGUCAAAAUUGUGGACGCAGACUGGUGAUAAGGGUAAUUCCUGGCUUGAAGGACAGCUUCCUGUAAAAAGUGCUGGAAAAAGCUAUCAGAUUGUAUUCCAAGGUGUUCGUGGAAUUGACUACAGGGGAGACAUCGCCAUCGAUGAUAUUUCAUUUACACAAAUCACAUCAGUCAAUGCUUGUCCUAUGAAUGCAACAACAAAGAACCCUUGGCCGUUUGAUUGCAACUUUGAAAAUGGGUUGUGCAAAUGGACUCAAAUACGGGGCAAUGAUCGGUUUGAUUGGACACGAAGUCGAGGUUCUACGUCAUCGCUAGGGACAGGCCCAGCAGUUGAUCACACUGGUGCAACAUCUCAAGGUUAUUACAUAUACAUCGAGACUUCAUCUCCACGAUUACCCAACGACACAGCGCAGAUCGAAAGUCCUGUAGUUUCUGGAAAUGGUACCCUCGUAAUUCGCUGUGUGACUUUCUGGUACCACAUGUAUGGUCCACAUGUAAACGCGCUUAACCUUUACGUCCGCGCUCCUGGUGGUAAACUGGGUAAGCCACAAUGGACGAAGUCUGGAACUCAAGGAAAUAUCUGGAGGAAAGGGGAAUACACACUCAGGACUUCAAAAGAUGCAACAAUUGUCUUCGAGGGAGUGCGCGGUACAAGUUUCAAAGGUGACAUCGCGCUCGAUGACAUAUCCAUUACCGAUGGCAGCUGUCCAUCCACAGGCAUGUGUAGUUUCGAGUCGGCAAAUCUCUGUGGUUAUACAAAUCAAAAAAGUGGCGACAAAUUUGACUGGACUCGUGCAAAUGGUGGUUCUCCUAGUGUSAACACUGGUCCGUCUAACGACCAUACUUAUGGAACCUCAUACGGUCACUACAUGUAUAUUGAGACAUCAGGGAAUCCUCCUGCCCYUGGUGACAAUGCAGUGCUCGUGUCCCCUUAUUACCAAAGAACAACCGAAUCGUGCCUUGAAUUUUACUAUCACAUGAAAGGUAAAGACAUCGGAACAUUGAAUGUCUACACUAGGUAUUGGUUCUGGAGAACUAAGAUUUGGUCUAAGUCUGGCAAUCAAAGCAACAUAUGGAACAAGGCCCUCGUUACAAUCAAAUCACCUCGAUUUAGCUAUCAGGUCUUGUUUGAGGGAAUCAAAGGGAAAAGCUAUCAGGGUGAUAUAGCAAUUGAUGACGUCAAAAUCACCCCAGGCUCGUGUCCAAACCCAGGUGAUUGUUCGUUCGAGAAUGGCCCGUGUACAUGGACAAACACCAAAGUAGGUGAUAAAUUUGAUUGGAUAUCUGGUAGUGGUUCGACAUCCAGUUACUUCACUGGACCUUCUAUUGAUCACAGCACAGGAACGGCUCAAGGAAAAUACAUGUUUAUUGAGACUUCAUCUCCAAGAGUUACAGGAGACAACGCGUUCCUUGUUAGUCAACGRUUAGAUCCCACUACAGGUUCAGGAAUUUGUAUGUCGUUUUGGCAUCACAUGUACGGUGCGACUAUUGGCUCCCUGAAGGUUUGGGUGUCUAUAAAUAACACCAAAGUCUUGCGUUGGCAGCGAGAUGGAAAUAAAGGAAAUACGUGGUUCCAAGGDCAGUUCUCCAUAAGUAGUAACUACGCACCAUAUCAGGUCAUCUUUGAGGGCAUUCGCGGAAGAAGCUACACUGGAGAUAUAGCCAUUGACGAUAUUGCAUUUACUGUUGCGGCCAUUAGCUGCCCCUUGAAACCAUCAGAUGCUUUGCCACCUGGAGUUUCUACAACUUUACCUCCUCCUACAACUGGUACUAUUCAGCCUACUGCUGGUAACAAUGGUAAUGACUGUAACUUUGAGCUCGGUAUGUGUAAAUGGMAACAAGAUAAAACGGACAAUUUUGACUGGAAGAGGCAUCAAGGCGGUACUGCCUCAGCUGGGACUGGACCCAAAUAUGAUCAUACUCACGGAACAGCUGCUGGGUAUUAUAUCUAUAUCGAGACCUCAUCUCCGCGAAAAACUAACGAUACUGCAAGAUUGAUCAGUGCAACUAUCUUGAAGCCCAAAUCAUCGUUUGUUUGUAUGAGCUUCUGGUACCACAUGUACGGACCGCACGUCGAUACACUGAACAUCUACUUCAAGGUUGGAGGAAAGCAGAUUAAGAUAUGGCAGCGCACUGGCACACAAGGUGACGAAUGGAAGAAUGGGCUUGUACAGUUCUCGCCAUCGGGAGAUAGUACGGUCAUUCUAGAAGGAAUCAGAGGCGUCAGUUUCCAGGGAGACAUUGCUUUGGAUGACAUAACUUUUAGAGAUGCUCGAUGCCCGCCAUCAAAAACGUGUUCAUUUGAAGAUUUUUAUGGUAAAAGACCAAUGUGUGGUUGGACAAAUCUUCAAGGUGAUAAGUUUGAUUGGACAAGAGCCACGGGUUCAACAGCGAGUGUUCAAACCGGACCAAGUGCAGAUCAUACGUACGGCACUUCUAAGGGUUAUUAUAUGUAYAUCGAGACCUCCUGGCCAAGACAAAAAGGCGAUAAUGCACAACUAUCGAGUCCAUCAUACCCAUCCACAAAGGGUAGCUGCUUUCAGUUUUGGUAUCACAUGUACGGCAAGGAUAUCGGUACCCUGAACGUCUAUGUCAAAUAUGGCAGUAAUAAGUUGGGCCGCCCCACGUGGACUAGGUCUGGUGAUAUGGGUAAUGUGUGGAGAAUCAGCCAGUUCACCGUCAAAUCUUCCACUGGUUACCAGAUCAUUAUGGAAGGAAUAGCUGGCGCAAGUUACCAAGGUGACAUCGCUAUCGAUGACGUCCGUGUUGUUGAUGGCGCAUGCCCACUACCAGGUGAUUGCGACUUUGAGAAAGGCGUCUGCACAUACGCACAAGAGAAAAAGGAAGAUGAUUUUGAUUGGCUUAGAGGAUCAGGGCAAACACCAAGCUGGAAGACKGGUCCAUCAAAGGAUCAUACACUCGGCACCAAGGCCGGUCACUAUAUGUACAUUGAGGUAUCAUAUCCCAUCAAAACUGGACAGAAGGCUCGCGUUCUCAGCCAGGACUUCUCUCCAACAACACGACGCUGURUUAACUUUUGGUUCCAUAUGUAUGGUGCUACCGUAGGUACACUGAACGUGUACAUWAAGACUGGACUUGGAAAUUCAACAAAAUCUGAAMAAAUGAUUUGGUCAUUGUCUGGAAACUUUGGUGAUCAGUGGAUGAACGGUCAGGCACCUAUAUCAAGCAAACAACGUUAUCAGAUCGUAUUUGAGGGCAUCAAAGGGAAAGGGAUCAGUGGCGACAUUGCUAUUGAUGACAUCACGUACACAUACUCGUACUGCCGAGUUCUUCCCUCUCUAGCAGUGCCCCCUACACCACCACCCACAACUCCUCCCCCUGUUAUCAAUAACUGUACAUUCGAGCAAGGCUUCUGUUCAUGGAACAAUCUCAAGGGAGACAACUUUGAUUGGACGAGAGACCGUGGUGGAACAGCAUCAUGGAACACUGGUCCAUCCAUUGAUCAUACGCUAGGAACAUCAAGCGGAUAUUAUGUCUACAUCGAAACUUCCUCUCCACGAAGAAAGAAUGACAAGGCCUGGUUACAGAGUGGUUUGAUACAACCAACAUCCGGGAACACUGGAAAAUGUUUGAAAUUUUGGUACCACAUGUAUGGUGAUCACGUGGACACRUUAAAUGUCUACCGUAUUGCUGCAUCCAAAAAAAUCAAGAUAUGGAGCAGAACAGGAACUCAGGGCAAUAAGUGGCGAUAUGGCCAAGUUGACCUCAUCAGUAAUACUGUAUUCAAUGUGAUGUUUGAGGGAAUUCGAGGAAGUAGUUACAUGGGUGAUAUUGCCUUGGAUGACCUUGAUGUUGCUGUUGGUAACUGUCCAACGCCCAAAUACUGUGAUUUUGAAGGAGACAUGUGCAAGUGGACAAAUGUUAAGGGAGAUCAGUUUGACUGGACUAGAGACAAUGGUGGAACACCUUCACUCAGCACAGGACCGGCUACUGAUCACACAACUGGAACCAAAAACGGCUAUUACAUGUAUAUCGAGACUUCCUAUCCACGCAAACAAGGCGACACGGCCUACCUACAAAGUAAGCAGUACCCGGCGACAAAAGGGAAACCAAGAUGUUUCAACUUUUUCUAUCACAUGCACGGCGAUCAUAUUGGGUCGAUGAGUAUUUAUGUUAAGACUGGAAUAACGAUUGGUACAAAGGUUUGGAAUAUGACCGGUAACCAAGGAAACGCGUGGCAACACGGACGCGCUACCGUCUCCAGCGGUAACUUCCCAUUCUACAUUGUAAUAGAAGGUGUUCGAGGCUCUAGCUACAAAGGAGACAUCGCUGUCGAUGAUAUCUGGAUUGAUGACAAUCCUUGCCCACCUCCAGGAAGUUGUGAUUUCGAACAAAAAACUCUUUGCACCUGGCAAAAUGUUCAAAAUGGUAACAGAUCAAUAGGCCUGGAUGAUUUCGACUGGACACUGGGAAGUGGAGGAACUGCCAGCUAUCAAACCGGACCAUCUAUAGACCACACACUAGGAACUGCUGCAGGUUCUUAUCUUUUUAUCGAAACGUCUUAUCCUCGACAACCCGGUGACGYUGCUCGAAUACUUAGUCAAACKUUUUCUGCAACUACUGGCCAAUGUAUGUCGUGGUGGUUUCACAUGUACGGUCGAACCGUUGCUUCUCUUAACGUCUACCUCAAGGUAGGCAAGACACAGACAUUAAUCUGGAACUUAAAUGGAACUCAAGGUAAUGUAUGGAAAAGAGCUGAGAAGACAAUCGUAAGCCAGUCACCUUACCGAAUCAUAAUGGAAGGAAUCCGGGGYACAAGCUACACAGGAGAUAUUGCUUUAGAUGACAUCACAUUCUCCAAGGGUUAUUGUACAGGAUUGUGCUCAUCUGUUGUUCCAAAGCAGAGAGUUAACUGUGGCUUCAUUGGUAUUACGCAGACAACUUGCGUUAAAACACGUGGAUGCUGUUGGGAUUCCAGCGUGCCAAACGCGCCUUAUUGCUUCUAUCACCCAAGUUCGUGUUCUAGCAUUAAUCCACAGUUACGGCGUGAUUGUGGUUACCUUGGAAUCACACAAUCAACAUGCUAUAAGAAGGGAUGUUGUUGGGAUGGGUCGGUACCCAAUGUGCCUUAUUGCUUCUAUGGUCCCUCUGUUCCAACCCCCUUCCCGACUACCCGACCACCUCCAACAACCAAACCACCUUCAAUAUGGGACUGCACUUUUGAGAAGAACUUGUGUAACUGGAAUCAAUCAAAAGAGGAUGACUUUGAUUGGAUAAGGGAUUAUGGUUCAACGUCAUCCUCGAACACUGGACCAUCAUUUGAUCACACGACUGGCAGUUCUAUAGGUUACUAUGUAUACAUCGAGACUUCUUGGCAGAAUACAAAUGAUACAGCGGUGUUACUUAGUCCAGCAGUCCCGUCUACUUAUCUUAAGCCACAGAAAAUGAUUUGUUUCCGGUUCUGGUAUCAUAUGUAUGGUCAACACGUGGAUACCCUAAACGUCUACAUGAAAACUGGUGUGCAGCUGCCUCGGCCAAUCUGGACGAAGUCUGGGACCCAAGGUAACAAGUGGAGAUUGGCUCAAGUAGAAAUGCGAAGUAGAGUCUCUUUCAAGAUCGCUAUUCAAGGAAAACGUGGCAUUGGUUACCAAGGAGACAUUGCUUUAGAUGACUUUUCCKUGAUCGAUGGUGCAUGCCCUGUGCUGCCUGAGUGYGAGUUUGAAAAUCCCAAUAUCUGUGGAUACACUCAAGACACAGGAGAUAUAUUUGACUGGACUCAAGGCAGCGGAAACACAACAAGUAUUGGAACAGGCCCUUCGACUGACCACACGUAUGGAACUGCAUUUGGGAGAUAUAUGUACAUAGAAACAUCUUGGCCGAGAAAGCCUGGUGAUUUUGCUCGCCUCACGUCACCUCUGUACGAUAAGAGUGAUGGUAACGGUAAAUGUCUGUUGUUCUGGUACCAUAUGAAGGGUACUGGUAUUGGGCGCCUCAAUGUCUACAUAAAGAAAGGUAGCAACCUCGGCAAGCCAUUGUUUUCGGAGUCGGGUAACCAAGGAGAUUCCUGGAAUAAAGGAAUGGUAACAGUCAAGAGUUUGACCCAGUGGCAGGCUGUAUUCGAAGGCAUUCGUGGACGAAACUAUAAAGGCGAUAUAGCCAUUGAUGAUGUUAGCGUUCUUAAUUACCCGUGCCCAGACCCCGCCAGCUGCGAUUUUGAGAGAGACACCUGUGCUUUUACCAACGAUUUAAGUGGUGAUAAGUUUGACUGGCAGCGACAUAUGGGACCAACUUCAAGUGUAUCAACUGGUCCAAAGGUUGACCAUACGUUAGGAACAGCACAAGGAUAUUAUAUGCUUAUCGAGGCGUCGUGGCCUCGUAAACCGGGUGAUCUUGCGCGACUGACAUCAGGACGCCUUCGUAUUAAAUCAAGCUACAGGUGGUGUAUGUCGUUUUGGUAUCAUAUGUAUGGAAACAGUAUGGGUACGUUAAGAGUGCGGCAAAGGUACAUCCCUAAAUCAGGAAGACCUUACAUGAGAACUGUUGCUUACUUUUCUGGAAAUCGUGGAGAUAACUGGCUGUGGAAGCAAGUCCAACUAAACAGCGUUGAUGACUUCCAGGUUGUAUUUGAAGGAGUGGUUGGCUCAUCAUAUGAUUCAGACAUUGCUAUCGAUGAUGUACUUGUGACCUCUGGCACAUGUCCCGCUCCAACACCAAAACCCUCGCCAAAUCCGUGCGCAGUCAAAUGUAAAAAUCAAAAGUGUGUAUCAUCUGAUAAGGUCUGUGAUUUUGUAAACGACUGUGGGGUUGGAGAUGACUCAGAUGAAAARUCAUGUGCRGCUUGUACAUUUGAACAAGGAACCUGCAGCUGGAAUGAGACUAGCUCAGGCUCGUUUAAGUGGAAUCGUGAUCGUGGUGGUACUCCUUCGUCCAAUACGGGUCCUUCAGUGGACCACACCCUUGGAACUGCACUUGGUUACUACAUGUAUGUUGAGGCUUCCAAAGGCAGCUCAUAUGACUUGGCAAGACUAGAGAGUGGUUWCUURAAACAAGCAGCUGCUACUUGUGUUCUUAAGUUUUGGUAUCAUAUGUAUGGUAAUGGAAUUGGGAGUUUAUAUGCAUACAUCAAGGUUGGACUUGUUUACACCAAGUUAUUGGAAAUUAAUGGAAACCAAGGAAACAAGUGGAAGCAAGGAACUGUAUACAUCUCACGGCGAUCAGCUCCUUUCAAGCUUCUCUUUGAAUCUGAGCGAAGUUACAAUGUGUUUGGGGACAUUGCCAUCGAUGACGUCAGUCUUAAUAACUGUGCAUUACCACCUGUCMGGCCACGAUGUCCAUACUACCAGUACACGUGCGCACGCAAGGCUUGUAUCAGUAAUAACCGAGUAUGUGACUACACAGACGACUGCGGUGAUCGCUCUGACGAGAGGAAUUGUUAUAGCUAUAAGUAYCGUUGUACAUUCCAGUACUACUUGUGUCGAUGGCGGCAGGAGAAGAAUAGUGAUGACUUUGACUGGACAAGGAAMCGUGGCUCUACAGCUUCUUAUCAGACCGGACCAAUGUUUGACCACACCUAUGGGACAGCUACCGGUUAUUAUCUAUAUGCUGAGGCGUCUUGGCCGAGAAGGCAGGGCGACAAGACUUGGUUGGUUAGUGGUUUCCUUGCUAGUACACCUAAAGGCAGCACCACGUGUCGACUUAGGAUGUACUACCAUAUGCURGGUAGCAGCAUUGGAUCGUUGAAUGUCUACACUAGACCCUGCAAUGGAUGUGCUCUCACACAAGUAUUUACCAAGAAGGGAGAAGUUGGRAACUAUUGGGAACGAGCUGAGGUCAUUUUGAAGAGUGACUAUCCUUUCCAGGUAGUGAUAGAAGCCGUGAUUGGUUCGAGCUAUGAUGGUGAUAUUGCCAUCGAUGAUCUCUCUAUGACCCAAUACUGUCAUCUUUAUUCUGGCCCAGUCCCUACCGCGCCACCAGUCGUUACAACUAAACCACCCAUACCGUGUCCAUACCUUAACUUUAGAUGUAACGACGGUACCUGCAUCCCAAUACAACAAAGGUGUGAUUACCAAGUACAAUGCAAGGAUGCUUCUGACGAGGACGGCUGUGGUCCUUGUGACUUCGAGUCGGGUGUAUGUGGCUGGAACGACGUCAGUGCCGGAAAAUACAAAUGGACGCGUCAUUCUGGUAGUACACCGUCUGUUGGUACCGGUCCAUCGGUGGAUCACACAUGUAACAACAAUACAUGCUAUUACAUGUACGUAGAAGCAGGUUCAGGAUCAUUCUUCUCGAAAGCAAAAUUAAAGAGUCCCAACAUGACCAAGACAGGUGCAGGUUGUGCAAUGCAGUUCUGGUAUCAUAUGUAUGGCAAUAGUUAUAGUGACAUGAUUGUCAGAUUGGCCUAUAAGGGCGGUGUGUCUACGAUCUUUGAAGCCAGUGGUAACAAGGGUAACAAAUGGAAUAAGGUKAUGAUUGGUCUUGGAGCAUUGGAUAAAGGAUUYCAGAUAUCCUUUGAAGCAAAUAAGUUUUUCACWGCGUCAGACAUGGCAGUCGAUGAUAUAUCAUUCCCAGGCUGUGCACUACCUCCGCGUAGAGCAUGUCAAACUGGCGAAUAUCGCUGUACGAGAGGAUCGUGUGUUCUACCAACGCAGAUUUGUGAUUUCUCCGAUGACUGUGGUGAUAAGAGCGAUGAGCUUCUAAAAACAUGCGCAACGUAUAAGGAGCGUUGUAACUUCGAUACUGACAUGUGUCGCUGGAAUCAAGAUACUGAUGACAUCUUCGACUGGAAACGAGAUAAUGGUGGUACUAGUUCAUCCAUGACGGGGCCUGGAAGAGACCACACAACAGGUUCCACGAAAGGUUAUUAUCUAUACAUCGAAACUUCUUCACCAAGAAAGCAGAACGACACAGCUCGUAUUAGCAGCAUUGUAUUCAGAGCAUCGUCUGCUUCUGAUAAGUGCAGUCUUCGAUUUUGGUACCACAUGUAUGGUGCCCAUGUCGACACGUUGAAUGUGUAUCUAAGGACAUCCGUCAUUGGAUCRAUGAAAAAUGUCUGGAACAAAACCGGUAACCAAGGUGAUUUCUGGUUCCGUGGCGAGGUGCCUAUUGUCAGCGCAGUAAACUACCAAGUUGUGUUUGAGGGUAUUAGAGGUCCUAGUUACCAGGGAGACAUAGCCAUAGACGACAUCUCCUUUACACCAGGAUGUAAACCAGAUACUACAGCUACUAUUUCACCUGGCAUUGGAACCCCCACGCCACCAAGCGGAUGCAAAAGUGGUCAAACGAAGUGCCCUUCAAGCAGUAAAUGYAUUCCAGUUAGCGCUGUGUGUAAUUUCAAGGAUGACUGUGGUGACAAUUCAGACGAAUCUACCUGUCCAGCGACAUGUGACUUUGAGAAGGACCAGUGUAUGUGGGUGAACUCAAAAGUUGAUAAGUAUGACUGGACAAGAAACCAAGGACCAACACCUACCAAUGGUACUGGCCCAUCUGUAGACCACACCAAGGGAACGGCUGCAGGAYAUUACAUGUACACUGAAGUCAAUAACARACCAGGAUCAUUCAAUGAUAGAGCYGACUACAUCAGUCCAUUGUUUAGACAAGCAGGGCGAAGCUGUAAGUUUACAUUCUGGUAUCACAUGUAUGGWAGGAAUAUUGGAUUUCUGCGAGUCUAUUUGAGAAGAAAUGGUCGUGACAGACRAUUACUCUCGAUGCUCGGUAACAAAGGCAACACAUGGAAGCAGGCGUCGGUUACUAUUCCUCCUUGCACUAAUGACUUCAGGAUUAUCAUCCAAGGACAACAUUAUUCGAGCGCUUUACUCGGUGACAUUGCUAUUGAUGAUGUCAAUUUCCAAAACUGUGCACAACCCACACCUCCCUCGUCCUGCUCAGGAAGUCAGUUCACCUGUGACAGUGGYCAUUGCAUCAGUCAGGGUGCUAAGUGCGAUUUCGAAAGAGAUUGCUGCGAUGGAAGUGACGAAAAGAAUGGCACCUGUACUGCAUAUUCACGAUGCAAUUUCGAAACUGGCAUUUGUUCAUGGACUCAACUUAAAAAUACUGAUCAGUUUGACUGGAAACGCCAGUCUGGACAAACAGCCUCAUGGAGUACUGGUCCUAGUAUAGACCAUACAUCCAAGUCAAGAUAUGGUUAUUAUGUAUACAUCGAAUCGUCAUCACCAAGAAAGAAAGGAGACAAAGCACAAAUAGCGAGUGAAUUCUUUAAAUCAAGCACCACUUGCACACUGAGGUUCUUCUAUCACAUGUAUGGUAGAAGUAUAGGUACUCUCAAUGUCUACACACGUACUAGUACUACCGCAUCAAUGAAAAGAAUAUGGACGAUGAGCGGGAACAAAGGUGAUGUCUGGCGACGUGGUACUGCCAGCAUUAACAGUCCGUCCUCUAACUUCCAGGUUGUUUUCGAGGGUGUAGUCGGAUCAUCAUACACCGGUGAUAUCGCUCUUGAUGACAUCUCGUUCUCCUCCAACUGUGUGCCUGUGAAUGCCCCCACACCUACCCCAUCAGUCGGUCCUUGUGGGGCUAACAAAUUCCAGUGCAAUGGACCUGCAGGCGGAAAAGUCUGUUUGGACAAUUCUAAAAAGUGUGAUUUUUCAAAUGACUGUUCUGAUGGGUCAGACGAGAGCGCGUCGACAUGCGGAUUUCCUUGUGGAUUCAAGAAGGACACGUGCAGCUGGAMGAAUAGCAUUACGGAUAAUUUUGAUUGGAAACGACACAAAGGAUGUACGGCUAGUGUUAGUACUGGCCCGUGUACCGACGCUGACAAUAACAAGCAAGGGUACUAUGCUUACAUCGAGACAUCUACAGGGACAAUAGGUAACCGAGCWGUGUUAGUAAGUCCACUCUACCAACGCGCGUUUGCUAGGUGCCAGUUGACGUUYGCCUAUCACAUGUAUGGCAGGUCUAUCAAUAGAUUAACUGUGUAUGUCAAUACUGGCUCUCAAAGAUUUGCAAUAUGGACUCUUGGUGGUAACCAAGGUAAUUCYUGGAAAACUGCGUACGCUUCCAUCGGUCGCCAAACAAAGACUUUUACCAUCGAGUUUGAAGCAAGACGUGGUAUCUCGUACCAAGGCGAUAUUGCUAUUGACAACAUYAAUAUGAUUAGUUGUGGACUUCCGCCUUCCUGCAGCAACCCAACAUCGGAUUCUAUCAGGUGUAAGAACGGUGCCUGCGUCAAAAAGACCACUUUGUGUGAUUUCCAGGACGAUUGUGGUGAUAGCUCGGACGAAUCAUCUUGUUCUGGUUAUAUGAGAUGUAACUUUGAGAGCAACCUUUGCUCCUGGACACAAUUGAACGACGACACUAAAGACUGGACAAGGCAAAACGGUUCCACGCCYUCCUGGAAUACUGGACCAAAUAGAGAUCAUACCCUGGGCACACCAGCAGGUUAUUAUUUGUAUCUUGAAGCAUCAGGAGGUAGAUACGGUGACAAUGCUCGUCUAGCGAGUCCAAAUCUCCAGGGUUCAUGUACACUACGUCUGUUUUAUCAUAUGUUUGGCGUGCACGUGAAUGCUCUUAACGUUUACGUUAGAACAACUCGUGAUGGUGCUGGGGUCAAAGUUUCAACCGUUAAAGGGCAACAAGGAGAUAACUGGCUUAGGCUUGAGGCACCCAUYUCAACCACAAGUAACCAAGCAUUCCAAAUCAUUAUUGAAGCUGUUAGAGGAAGAACKUAUUCCUCGGAUGUCGCCAUUGAUGACAUAAGUCUCACUCCUGGAUGUAAGCUAUACACUGGAGUACUUCCAAGUGCUCCUCCAACAAAGUUCCCMCCACCAACUACAGCRGUACCCAACAACUGUAAUAGUCUUCAAUAUGGCUGUGUAACUACUGGUCAAUGUAUAAAUAAGAACAAGUAUUGUGACUUUAACGUUGACUGUACUGAUGGAUCAGAUGAAUGGAAUUGUAAAUCCAAUUGUACAUUUGAGUCCGGAUUCUGUAACUGGAAAAUCUCUCCUGACGACAAAGAUAACUUUGAUUGGAAGCGCAAACAAGGACGGACACCAAGCUGGGGAACUGGACCCUCGGUCGACCACACCCUUGGUACUAACAAAGGAUACUACUUGUACAUUGAGACUUCAUAUGGAAGCAUAGGAAACAGAGCCAAGCUUCUAAGCCCUACUUUUUCAACGUCGUUCUCUAACUGCAAAUUGAUCUUCUGGUACCAUAUGUACGGUUAUUCGAUUGGCUCUCUUUCUGUAUAUCUCAACAUCACCAACAGGCUGAGUAUGUGGUGGUAUAAGUCUGGCAACCAAGGCAACAACUGGUUCAAAGGCGUGGUUGGUAUAGGCAAGCAAACUCAACCUUUCCAGAUCCUCAUCCAAGCAACACGUGGCCGAUCCUACCAGGGUGAUAUUGCUAUCGAUGAUCUGGUUUUCGAUGGUUGUUCUCUUCCACCCAAACAAACCUCAUGUGGAAAUAAGGUCCGGUGUCGAAGAGGAUCUUGUGUCAGUUCUGACUACGUGUGUGACUUCAAUGACGACUGUGGUGACAGCUCCGACGAAUCAAAAUGCUCUGCUUACAAAAACAGGUGUGACUUCACAUCUGGACUGUGCAGUUGGAAACAAAGUAAGGAAGACGAUUUCGAAUGGACAAGAAAAAGAGGAUCGACGUCAUCGUGGAAUACUGGGCCUCCAGGUGACCAUACAACAGGUACAGGAUAUUACUUGUACACAGAAACAUCUUGGCCAAGAAAGUACGGUGAUCGCGCCUGGCUAGUGAGCUCUAACUUCCAGUCAAUAUCGCCUUCAGUAAAGAACUGUAAAUUGAGGUUCUUUUACCACAUGUAUGGCAACUCAGUGGAGAAACUCCAUGUGUAUAUCAGAACAUUCCAGAACGGCAGUGUUGGACAACCAAUCCUUAAGCUCGUUGGUGGGCAGGGAUCAGCCUGGAAUAGAGUUGUUGUGCCUUUGUCUUCAUCAAAGAAUUUCCACGUUGUUAUUGAAGGAGUUCGUGGUGACAGUUACGAUGGCGACAUAGCGAUUGAUGACGUAUCCUUCACGCCAUCGUGUAUUCCAUUCAGUGGUCAGCUUCCUGUUGCACCUCCACCCACUCCUACUCCCAAGCCUCCAGUGACUCCGCCCAGCACCUGCACUACGGCUGAAUUUAACUGUGUUAAAGAAGGGCCUAAUGCAUGCAUUCCUACGACUCAGGUUUGUGACUUUAGACCUAAUUGCAAGGAUAAUUCAGAUGAGGCUAACUGUGCAAGCGCCAGUUGUGAUUUCACAGGAGGUAGCUUCUGUGGAUGGUAUGUUGAUAACCCCAGUCGAGUCAGGAGAGCGUUACCAUACACCUGGCUCGUACAACAAGGAACAACAGCCACACCCGGAACAGGACCUUCCACUGACCACACCUCUGGUACAUCAAACGGUUGGUAUGCUUAUGCCGAGAGCUCCGCAGGACAGUCGGGCUCGAUAGCACCACUAAAGACACCUCGCAUCGGACUAUCAGGUCCAAAUUGUGCCUUGUCGUUCUGGUAUCACAUGUAUGGUCAAAGCGUAGGUACAUUGUCGGUUAAGUUACAAUUCGUAGAUGGCAGUACUCCUCUCUUAUGGAGCAAGUCUGGUAACCAGGGCAAUCGAUGGAUUAAUGCCAACGUUCUUAUUGGCUCAAGACAAUUAUUCCAGAUCAUCUUGGAGGCUAAGCGCAUCUCAGGAUACAAAGGUGAUAUAGCAAUCGACGAUGUUCAAAUGAAGAACUGUAAACCUUUAGACGUUACUCGAUCUUGUAACAAAGAUGAAUUCAAAUGUUCACGAGGUGGCUGCAUACCCAAAACAAGCGUUUGUGACUUCAAGUCUGAUUGCAUGGCUGGUGAUGUUUCUGAUGAGUCGUCAUGUUCGUUGUACCCUGGACGAUGUGACUUUGAACAUGGACUAUGCAUGUACAGCCAAUCACAAGACGACAAGUUUGACUGGACAACUGGUACUGGUGGUACUAGCUCRUAUGGUACUGGACCAAGCGCUGAUCAUACCACUCAAUCGCCUAAAGGACACUACCUGUAUACCGAGACGUCUUGGCCACGUAAACCAGGCGAUAACGCACGUUUGAACUCACCAAUCAUCAAAAGUACAUCGACUGCAUGUAGUUUGCGAUUCUUCUAUCAUAUGAAGGGCAGUCAUAUUGGAAGUCUCCUUGUCUAUACACGAACAUCAUACUACAACGGUGGUCUGUCCAAGGCUUUGUUUAAUCUCACCGGUGCACAGGGAGACUUUUGGUACAGAGGAAUUGUCACAGUUAACUCUGCCAGCUCAGAUUAUCAGUUUGUCAUUGAGGGUGUAAGAGGCAUAAGUUACCAAGGCGACAUAGCUAUUGACGAUGUUUCCAUGACAACAGGCUGUACGAUUUGUAAAGACUGCGUUAUGCCAGGUCAACCUACAUCGACACCAUUUGGAUUCCACACCCGUCCAACCGGUUCAGCCUGUUAUGCAUCGCAGUUUGUGUGUGCCAACCUUAAAUGUGUUGAUAAGGACCAGUUAUGUAAUUUCAAGGAUGAUUGUGGGGACAACUCAGAUGAACUGCCAUGUGGGACCACUUGUAAUUUUGAAGGAAACUGCUACAAAGGAUGGAGACAAGCUAAAGGUACGGAUAACUUUAACUGGAUACGACGUCAAGGCAAGACACCUAGUGUCGGCACUGGACCGUCCGCUGACCAUACUCUUGGGACGCCGCAGGGAUACUACAUGUUUAUGGAAGUGUCGUGGGGCAGCCCAGGAGAUAUCGCUGAGCUCACCUCAUACAAGUACUUCGCAGCUAGUGCAGCCUGUACAAUGACAUACUGGUAUCACAUGUAUGGAUCUGGUAUUGGCUCACUCACUGUCAAGAUCAAGAAAUCGGACGGUACCUACGAUAUCAAGCAGACUUUGACUGGUGCACAGGGAAAUCAGUGGAAGAAAUCAAUUGUCAGCAUUGGCAACUACAAAAACUUUGUCAUCAUCUUCUCGGCUAAGCGUGGCGCUAAUUAUCAAGGCGACAUUGCUAUUGACGAUAUAUCAUUCUCGAAGAACUGCUACAUCGACGUCGCCAGAAACUGUACACCUAACGAGGUUCGAUGUAAGAACAGUGGCUACUGCAUUCCACCUCAACAUGUCUGCGAUCUGGUAGACGACUGUGGUGAUGGCACCGACGAAACGACAGCCGUCUGCCCGUCCAGCAAUGCUAACUGUAACUUUGAAAAAACAUGGUGUUAUUGGUACAACUGGUACUAUGAUGAUUUUGAUUGGUUACGUGGCUCGACCACUGGAGCCCAAGGGACUGGGCCUACCGGCGAUCACACGACCGGUAGCGGACAAUUCCUUUAUAUUGAUUCGUCGUCUCCAAGAAAACCAUAUGACCGAGCUCGAUUGUGGAUGUCAAGGAGCUUCCCCAAGGGAACAGGAGUGUGCAAUAUGCGAUUCUAUUAUAAUAUGUACGGUUCGUCUUCUAUGGGUAUCCUUAAGGUGUAUGUUGUAACGUACAAAAGUGGAUUCUAUAGAUGGAGUGAAGUUUGGCGAACAAGAGGUGACCCAACGAACAGGAAUUGGAUCAGAGCGGAUGUCCCUCUUAAUUCCAGAUAUUCUACAUUCUACGUCGGUAUGGAGGCAACUGUUGGCGGAAAUGACAAAACAGACAUUGCUAUCGAUGAUACGAGUUUCUCAGCAGGGUGUUAUAGUGGCGGUACUCCGGCUCCUCCCACCGGUGCUUAUAAAUGCAAGCAGAAUGAAUUCUACUGCCCCAAAGAUGACACAUGCAUCAAUAAGAACUGGCAGUGUGAUGGUGAGAAAGAUUGUAGUGAUGGUGCCGAUGAAAAGGGCUGUCCAACUACGACACCAGUAGUGACGCCUUCCCUAGGACCAGCUCAUCCAGGCGACUGUAACUUUGACACAAGUAUGUGUUUGUGGAAAUCGGCGACAUUCGCUGAUAUGAAAUGGACAAGAAACAAAGGCAAAACACCAAGUUGGAAGACUGGUCCCUCUUAUGACCACACAACAGGAAAUGGUUAUUACGUAUACGCUGAAUCGUCCUGGAAAUAUCAAGGUCACUUUGGUGAACUUCUCGGACCCAACCUCCAGCCAUCCAGUACAUGUAUGAUACGAUUCUGCUAUCACAUGUAUGGUGCUACCAUGGGAACGCUAAAUGUAUAUCAGCGUAAUACUCUCGACAAAGACCCUGACAACACACAGACAAAGGUAUUCACAAUGAGCGGUGACCAAGGCGAUAAAUGGCGCUGUAAAUUCCUUAAGGUUCCAAGUACAGUCCAGUACUCUAUCGUCUUUGAGUCUGUGAGAGGAAAGGGUUAUCAGUCCGACAUAGCUCUCGAUGAUAUCAAAUUCAUUAGUUGUGGUGUUCUGGGACCUACAGCAGCGCCUACACCAGCACCCAAGCCUUCAAUUAUUGAUGAGGACUUUGAAGAUUGCGUGAGUUGCUGGGAAAAUGAUAAAAGUGGACAUGACCAAAUGGACUGGCAGAUGGGACGUGGUUCYACCUCUAGUCUCAACACAGGCCCAUCCUUUGAUCACACCAAAAAGACCAUAUAUGGAAGAUACUUGUACAUCGAAGGUAACAACCAGUCUAGCUGGGAUCACGCUGACCUUGAGAGUCGACUGCUUACAAUCCAGAAGAAAUGUUUCAUGACGUUCUGGUAUCACAUGUAUGGAAGGACCGUGGGAGAACUCGUGGUGACCGCAUAUGUAUAUAGAAAAGACAAUCCAAAAGUCAAGGAUUAUGAAGUAACAUUAUUCAACAUAUAUGGUAAUCGUGGGAAUAAAUGGAACUACGCAAUGGUAAGCAUGAACAACUACCGGACACAGAACAGGUUGAGUAAAAUUGUCAUCUCAGCGUUUCGUGGAUGGGAUUACCUUGGAGACAUUGCAAUUGACGACAUACAGGUUCAUAACUGUAAAUUCAAAGAUAUCAUUACACCAUGUGGCGAACGCUUUGCCAACUGCAACAAUAAACCUUACGUACCACCAACACUUGGACCAUUAUCAGGAAACUGUGACUUCGAAUCAGGUUUAUGUCAUUGGAAUGUUUCUAAGAUGGCCGACAUGCCGUGGUACCUGCGACAAGGAAGCACAGCAAGCAAGGGCACUGGUCCAACAACAGAUCACACUACUGGCCAGGCAAAGGGUCAUUACAUCCAUAUUGAAGCAAGCUAUUAUAGUCGUGGUUCAGCGGCUGUCCUUGAAAGUCCUUACAUGCUUCCAACAGACUAUUGCUCUAUGACAUUUUACUAUCACAUGUUCGGUGGGGACUGUGGUUCCCUGUUGGUUUAUCUAUACACAGGAUCCAGCCAGACAACCUUGAUGUUUAAUAAAACUGGCGAUCAGGGCAAUAACUGGCAAGUUGGUACUGUUACGAUCAAAAGUCAAUAUGGCUACCGCGUUCACAUUGUUGGAACUAAAGGAAGUAGUUUCAAGGGAGACAUCGCCAUUGAUGAUAUCUCAUUUAAUGGAAACUGUAAAUUUACCAGUGAAACGGCGUUGCAGUAUGGCGCUAAUGCGUUAAAUACAGGUGUGUUCUUCAUGGUUUCAUCAUGUGCUAAUUAAGUUAGUUUCCUUGAUUUCUUGAUGUUUGUUUUCUUUCAGGAUGUUCUGAUGGCAAGAGAGAUGGAUUCUUUACCAAUACAGACGUUGCUGGUUGUAAAGGUUGGUGGUGGGGAAGAAAGAACCUGCGAGCACCUCGUCAAAAAGGUCGACGUUGUGGUGAUGAUAUGAAAACUUGGUGGCAGAGAGGAUGCAGUAACCCCGCUGACCUCUGUGCUGAUGGCUGGCGUCUGUGGUACCUAUGGUGACAUUUUUGAGAUCGUCAAUAGAACGACUGGUGACGAAUGUCAGAUCGCAUCAUAUGGUCGGUUCAGUGCAGCCAUCAAUCAUUGUGUGACUAAAGGCAUAGGAGCUGAUGGCUGUAGUCGUGCAGUAACAGGAAAGGAUUAUGGCUGUAGUCAGUACCAUAAAGAUUGUUCUGAACCACUGUGCUGCGGUGCUUCCUGCUCCGGACCAGAUGUGUGCGACUCCGGUAUUUUCCCGGGUGCGACACGAUACACUGCAUCCAAGGAUGAYCUUCAAGGCUGCUCCUUUAUUGGUUCGUAUAAUGCUGGUGGUGUUAUGUGCUGUAAAGACGACAAAACUACCCCUACAUUACCCCCCACUAGUCAGCCAACGUUUGGAUCAUGCAACUUUGAGGACUACAGGAAGCCUUAUUGCGGUUGGAAAGUCGAUGCUUCACAGCCUGGCAAGUUUGUACGAUAUCGCGGUGAAACUCCGACUAGAAACACUGGUCCACGGUACGACCAUACGAAACAGGAUAGCACAGGCUGGUACGUGUACAUGCGAGGUUAUGGUUUGGCAAUUGGCAAAACAGCGCGACUCAUUUCACCAUUACUAAAUCCCGUACCAUCAAGCUGUAGAAUCAAUUUCUGGUAUCAUAUGUUUGGUACUGGUAUGGGUACGCUAAGACUCUACGUCAGAGCCCGCGGCAGCGAUACAAAGGUUUGGGAAAAAAGCGGCAACCAGGGAGAUGGAUGGAAUCGAGGCAAAUACGACUUCUUACAACAAAUAAACUCUGGCACGAACUUUAGCGUGGUGAUUGAGGCUAUGCGAGGACCAUCAUACUUAAGUGAUAUUGCAUUAGAUGACAUUUCAUUCUCAGACUGCCGACCACCUAAACCAGGGACAUGUCAUCGCGAUCAGUUCAAGUGUCGCUCUGGAGAGUGUAUAGCGUCGAGCUUUGUGUGUGAUAACGUAAAGGACUGUACUGAUUUCUCGGACGAAUCUAACUGCCCCAAUAGCAGAUGUAACUUAAAGGAAAUCUAUUGUCCAGUAUCGAAACAAUGUUUGAAUAGAACAUUGCAGUGUGAUGGUAAACCAGAUUGUAAGGACUACAGCGAUGAAGUGCAUUGUGGUGCCUGUUUCAACAACUACUGUCUGCAUGGACGAUGUCAGAUUGAUGGACAGGGUCGACCAGACUGCAUCUGUCCAACUGGAUGGAAUGGAACACGAUGUGAAAACAAGMUGAACUUCUCCUGUCCCGAUGGGAAAAUAGUUUGUAAGAUUAACGACUGGUUCUGUGGCAACAAAGUUAACAUUUGUAAUGGUUCCAUAGACUGCGGCUUGAAUCCUUCUGACAAAGCGAAACUAUGUGGAUGUAGCAUCAGUGGUUACUGUAGUAACGGUGGAACCUGUAAGACUGAUUCCAAAGGAAAUCCAUCGUGUUCGUGCCCUUCAGGCUACACGGGCCCGCGCUGUCUAACGCCUGUCUGUAAGUCAGGGCAAAUCAAAUGUCAAGGACGAUGUGUUGAUAAAGACAAGAUUUGCGAUGGUUCUGAUUUGUGUGGAUUCUCGCCACUAGGCGUACAGAAAUUAUGUGGAGUUUGUGCUGAUGCCAAGGACUAUUGUAAGAACRGUGGAUAUUGUACACUAGCUGUAACCGGCGUCAAGAACUGCAUUUGUCCAUUAGACUACACAGGUAAAACCUGUGAACAGAAAGUAUCAACAAGCUGUACUGGAGGCGAAUACAACUGUUUAACGGGCUCCCCAAGCAAAUGUGUAGGCAAAGACUACCUUUGUAAAACGGAAGACACCAAGGGAAAAUGUGGAUACGACGAUCAACGGCUCAAAAUGUUUUGUGGAUUCUGUUUUGGUGCUUAUUGCAAUGGCCAUGGUAUCUGUCAGACAGUCAACAGCACAAAAACAUGCAAAUGUAACAAGGGCUGGACAGGUCCACAAUGCUCCAAGGCCGAUCUGAAAUGUAAGGAUCCUAACCCCAUCCCGUGCAGCAUUGGCCAAGGAUACUGUGAAAACAGAACAAACGUCUGCGAAAAAGGUGUUCAGUGUGGAUUGUCUGAUGCCGAGAAGUCCCAGUAUUGUCCAGUUGCUCCACCAAGAUCAGGAAAAUCAACUGGAACCAAACAACGAACAACGUUCAUUGCUGUGGGCGUGGCCGGUGGUAUCCUCCUUAUCAUUGUUGUCCUUAUUGUUGCUUAUUUUGUGACCAAAGGACGAAGGAAAAAGCUUCAUCUCUUUAAUGUAUUCUACGACCCAACUAAAGCCGAACAAGCUCAAAUGAGAGGAUCAAAAGGCCCUGGCGUAUCUGAAGGAGUCGGGAACCCUGUGUAUGACACAUUCAAUGAAGGGCAACCGCUUGAAGAAUUCCAAAUGAGCGACGUUGAUACCAACAUGUUUGUCUCAGAUGACGCAUUUGGAAUGCCGACUGAAAAAGGAGGAGCAACAUCAAUGGCCAACCCUCUCUAUCAAGACCCUUACCUCGAGGAAGACCUCAGCAAAUAUUAACAAUAACAACAAAAACCCAUAGAAACCGAUAUGAUUUCUUAAAACCUCAAUUAUCAACAACACAAAAUGAAAAACAAUUCCAGUAUUUAACUCCAAUUCUUUUGUUACCAUAGCAACAUUAGUGUAUAGAUAACUUGUGAUUGAACAACGUGGGACUGAACCAUGGCAAAGUGCUAACCCCGAAAAAACAGCAUAGUUAGAGAAGCAUUUUUGAAUUGUUUUGUUAUCGAUAGCAUAAUCUCUGCAUUAAUUUCAGCUUGUGAGUUAGAUAUAUURUUCAUCAUGACGUCAUUUGCGAUAUAUUUUCGAGUUGUGCUGCACUCCACUGUUAACUUUCAUAUAUUUCUGUAUUAUCUUUGGAUUUUAAAAUAAAAUUGAUUAAUCUCUUGUAAA